AUGCACACGAGUGGCACUGGCGAAGACGUGAAGACAGGUACUGUCGUCUUACUUCAAACGUUCAGGGUAUGGGCCGUAGCUGAAGAUCGCAGUCUAUAUCUCAAGGGAGUCAUUGACGGCGGUAGUCAAAGAACCUUCGUGCGCCAAGAUAUUGCCAGAAAACUGAACCUUCCUUCUGCCGGAGAAAUAGACGUCACGAUAAAUACUUUCGGGAACAGGACUUCCACAAAGGAGAAGCAGCGUCGGCGUUUGGUCAAACUGUGCUUACGCAGUCAAUACGGAGGGAAAAUACAUGCCUUUGAAGCAAUCGAGGUACCAUUCAUUUGUGAAGAUAUGGCGACAUGCCCAUUGGAUAACGAGGACGUGCGUACUUUUCUUCUAAGUGAAGAGAAACUAGCCGAUGAGUGUCGCUUCUCAGGGGUACGGACAGAAGAUGGAAUUGGCGUGCUUUUAGGCUCUGAUCAAAUGUGGAAGAUCAUGACGAGUCAGGUGCGGCAAAGCAAUGCCCAGAAUAAUCUUGUUGCCAUCAACACUGCUCUGGCUUGGACUUUUCAAGGAGCGGUAUCAGUUAGAUCUUCACUCGAGAACAAAGACAGCACUCUAGUUUGUGUGCUUCGCACUGAUGCCACGCACGAGGCGUCAUUACAGAUGUUCUGGGAAAUUGAACAUCUGGGUAUUACGGACAGAAAUAGUAAUGAUGGAGGCGACGACAAAGUUCUUUGUCAAUUUAAGGAAACCAUACAGAAGGUUGGCGGAAGAUAUGCCGUCGCUCUACCUUGGAAGAACGAUUUCGUCCUUAAUGAUAAUUUGGAAGUAGCCGAGAGUAAACUCAACGGACUCCUAAAAAAGCUAAAGAAAAAUGGUUUGAUGGCAGAGUACGACGCUGCGAUGAGGAAGUACGCAAGUGACGGACAUGCGGAGAAGGUACUCGUGGAGUCAGGGAACGGGAAACAACCUCAGCAAGUGUAUUACAUGCCGCAUCAAGCUGUGGUCAAACAGGAAUCAGAAACCACAAAGCUUCGUGUUGUUUUCGAUGGAUCCUCGCAUGCACCUACCGUAGCUUCACUGAACGAUUGCCUGGAAAAGGGUCCGAGUCUGAAUACGGAUCUUCUGCCGGUCUUGAUACGUUUCCAAAUGUACCGUAUGGGUCUAGCAGCAGACAUGGAGAAAGCCUUUCUUCAGGUUGAGGUCCAAGAAAGGGACAGGGACGCUUUGAGAUUUCUGUGGUGUCAAGAUGGUCCUACGAAAGAUAUUUGUCAGAAUCCGGUGGAAGUGUGGAUAAUGAAACGUGUACCCUUCGGAACGACAGCGAGCCCAUUUCUUUUGAUGGCCACACUGAGACAUCACCUAGAAAACGUCAAAGGGCAUUUCCAACGGACGGCAUGGCACACGGACAAUAGUUUCUACGUGGACGACCUAUUGACGGGUUCAUCAACGGUGGAUGGAACAAUAACGAUAUACAGCAACGCUUCAUCAAUCCUUCAGGAAGCUGGCAUGAAUUUACGAAAAUGGAUUUCAAACUCAGAAGAGGUACGAAAACAGUUUGGUGAGCAAGACACCAACAGGAGACAAGGGAGAACCCUGAGUUGCAGUGAGGAUCGGAAAGUUCUUGGUGUACUGUGGGACACGUACGGUGAUACUCUCAAGAUAUCAGGCAAACGCAUGCUAGAGGAUGGCGUAGCGCUCAUUAGCAGUAAACGCGGAAUUCUGAGCGCAGCAGCGAAGCUCUUUGACCCUCUGGGCAUGCUCUCUCCGUUCAGCAUUUGGAUCAAAAUGUUGUUUCAACGUUUGUGGGAGGAGAAGCUUGAUUGGGACACGCCUUUGACCGGGAACGUAGAAGGGCAGUGGCGUACCUGGUGGUCGGAGCUGCCAAAUUGGACAACAUCGCACUGA